AGCAGUGCCCGCUCCCGCAGGAGCUCUUCCAUGUUUCCCCUCCGCCGCAGUAGCUUUUUCAUACUUCCCCACUGCCGCAGCAGUGCCCGCUCCCGCAGGAGCUCUUCCAUGUUUCCCCUCCGCCGCAGUAGCUUUUUCAUACUUCCCCACUGCCGCAGCAGUGCCCGCUCCCGCAGGAGCUCUUCCAUGUUUCCCCUCCGCCGCAGUAGCUUUUUCAUACUUCCCCACUGCCGCAGCAGUGCCCGCUCCCGCAGGAGCUCUUCCAUGUUUCCCCUCCGCCGCAGUAGCUUUUUCAUACUUCCCCACUGCCGCAGCAGUGCCCGCUCCCGCAGGAGCUCUUCCAUGUUUCCCCUCCGCCGCAGUAGCUUUUUCAUACUUCCCCACUGCCGCAGCAGUGCCCGCUCCCGCAGGAGCUCUUCCAUGUUUCCCCUCCGCCGCAGUAGCUUUUUCAUACUUCCCCACUGCCGCAGCAGUGCCCGCUCCCGCAGGAGCUCUUCCAUGUUUCCCCUCCGCCGCAGUAGCUUUUUCAUACUUCCCCACUGCCGCAGCAGUGCCCGCUCCCGCAGGAGCUCUUCCAUGUUUCCCCUCCGCCGCAGUAGCUUUUUCAUACUUCCCCACUGCCGCAGCAGUGCCCGCUCCCGCAGGAGCUCUUCCAUGUUUCCCCUCCGCCGCAGUAGCUUUUUCAUACUUCCCCACUGCCGCAGCAGUGCCCGCUCCCGCAGGAGCUUUUCCAUACUUCCCCACUGCCGCAGCAGUUCCCGCUCCCGCUGGAGCCAUUAUCUGUAUUUUACACUGCCGCAGCAGCGCCCGCUUCCGCAGAAGCCUCUAGUUCUCUCUUGUAAGCCUCAGCAGUGCCGCUACUACAAGCGAUGUCCAGCACCCCACCAAAUUUAA